GCUUGACCCAGCGAAGGGAGGCUCCCAGAACUGCGGCCUAACCCGACCGCGGGGAGCCCCUGCCUGUCGCUGGUCCCGGAGGCACGGUCGCGGGAGCCAGCCUCGGGGCGCCGGCAGUUGCGUCGAGAGAGCCCAGCGGGGAGAGCGCCAUGAGGACGGACUCGGGGCUUCGCCUGGAGGCCGACCCGCGUCCUCCACGAGCCCUACCACCUGUGCCAAGUGCUAUUCAAGGUGAUACUCCCCUUAGUCGUCCUAAGAAAAAGAAGCCCCGAACAAAAAACACACUAGGCAGUGCUUCUUCAGAAGGCCUUGCUCAGGCUCCCGUUCACAGGCCAUCUGAGGGCAGUGAGCUACCAGCUAAAGAACCCGCAGAGCAUCCAGAAGAAGCUCCUAUUCAAAGGAGGCAGAGGAAGACGAGGCUGCCUCUUGAAUUGGAGACUUCCUUCACCCAAAAGAAGGCAUCCAAUUCAUCUUUAUUACGAAAUGAAAAUGGCAUUCACGUGGAGCCACCUGAGGAGGCAGUUACUCAGAAACCUCGAAGGAAGACAAAGAAAACCCAGCCAGCAGAAAUACAGUAUGCCAAUGAACUAGGAGUAGAAGAUGAAGACAUAAUUACUGAUGAGCAAAGUAGUCCCGAACAACAGUCUAUAUUCACGGCACCCACUGGCAUUAGCCAGCCUGUAGGCAAAGUGUUUGUGGAAAAAAGCCGGAGAUUCCAGGCUGCUGAUCGGUCAGAGUUGAUAAAGACCACAGAAAAUGCAGAGGUGUUCGUGGACGUGAAGCUUUCCUGGACCACCAGAGAUGUCGCACUCACAGUACACCGGGCUUUCAGGAUGAUUGGUCUCUUUUCCCAUGGCUUCUUGGCUGGCUGCGCUGUAUGGAAUAUUGUUUUCAUAUAUGUUCUAGCAGGAGAUCAGCUUUCUAACCUCUCAAACCUUCUGCAACAGUACAAGACCUUAGCAUAUCCAUUCCAGAGCCUUCUCUACUUGCUUUUGGCUCUAAGUACAGUUUCAACUUUUGACAGGAUCGACUUUGCUAAAACAUCAGUAGCAAUCCGAAAUUUUCUUGCCCUGGAUCCUACAGCUUUAGCAUCUUUCUUGUACUUUACUGCUCUUACAUUAUCUCUGAGUCAGCAAAUGACAAGUGACAGAAUCCACCUUUACACGCCUUCUUCUGUUAAUGGCAGCCUCUGGGCAGCAGGAGUUGAGGAACAGGUUCUCCAGCCAUGGAUUGUAGUGAAUCUGGUGGUGGCCCUUCUGGUUGGACUAUCAUGGCUUUUUUUGUCUUACUGGCCAGGCAUGGAUCUCAGUGAAGAGUUGAUGUUCUCCUCUGAUGUGGAAGAAUAUCCUGAAAAAGAUAAAGGACUCAAAGCCUCUUCCUAAUGCCAGCUCACCUUCAGAGUAAUAAUGACCCAGGAUUUAGAAUUUUCCUUAUUCUUGUUUUUAAAUGUGCUUUAAUAAGAUAUGUGCAGGUGUAUUUGGAAUUGAAUUUUUGUUUAUAUAGUACUGACAAUUUUCUCAGGAUUAAGGAAAAUGUAAAAAUUGCAUCUGCAGUUCAUACCCAAACAUUAAUCUCUAUAGCAUUAUCAUCUUACUGAUAAAGGAGGUAAUGAGCUAGAAAACAGCAGGGGAAAGUGUUUAUUUCCUGUUCUCAAGCUAGCUGGAUUUAUAAUCAUUAUCUUUAAAAGUUCUAAUACAGAAAAAAAAACAGUGUUACAAAAUAUGUAUCAGGUUUAAACAUAAAAUUUAGGGAAUAGGGAGAAGGAGUCAGAAGACCUUUAUUUUUAAUGUCUCCUUACUGAAGAAAUUAAAAUAUGAAAGUUGUCUUUUUUGAAACUGG